AUGACAGCCACUACAGACGAGAUAAAAGCCAAAGCUGAAGCCAUUAAAAAUGAAGCAAAUGUUCAUUUCAAAGAAAAGAAUUUCUCUGCUGCUAUAGAAAAAUAUACUGAGGCGAUCAAACUGAAUCCUGAAGUAGCUUCAUAUUACACCAACCGUGCCUUCUGCCAUCUUAAAGUGGAAUCAUACGGUUAUGCCAUCAGUGAUGCCAACACAGCUUUGGAGAAAGAUCCAAACUUCACAAAGGCAAAUUAUCGCCGUGCCUCAGCCAAUAUGGCACUCGGCAAAUUCAAAGAAGCUCUGAAAGAUUUAAAAAUUGUUUCAAAACGUGCACCUAAUGAUAAAGACGCUAAGGCUAAAUUGGACGAAUGUGCCAAGAUUGUAAGAAGAAUUGAGUUUGAGAAAGCCAUCAAGAGUGAAGAUCAAAAGAAGAGUGUUGCCGAUUCAUUAGAUCUCGAUGCGAUGACUGUUGACACUACGUAUGAUGGGCCCAGAAUUAAUGACGAGACAAAGAUGAUCGAUCGCGAUUUCAUUGAUGCUAUGAUUGACCGAUUCAAAAAUCAAAAGAAAAUUCAUAAAAAGUAUGCUUUUAUGAUCAUUUUGGCGAUUCGAAAAUAUAUGCUUGAACAACCUUCUUUAAUUGAUGUUGACAUUCCUGCAGACGGUAAACUCACUGUUUGUGGUGAUGUUCAUGGCCAAUUUUAUGACUUUAUUCAUAUUUUUGAAAUGAACGGUUAUCCCUCUGAAAAGCACGCGUAUCUUUUCAACGGUGACUUUGUUGAUCGCGGCUCCUUUUCUGUGGAGGUCAUCCUCACUCUCUUUGCUUUCAAGUGGCUUUAUCCCAACCAUCUCUUUUUAGCACGUGGUAAUCAUGAAACGGACAAUAUGAACAAAGUCUAUGGUUUCGAAGGUGAAGUGAAGGCUAAAUUCAGCGAAAUGAUGUUCAAUUUGUUUUCCGAAACCUUCAAUUAUCUACCCCUAUCUCACUUGAUUCAAAAUAAGAUCUUUGUUACUCAUGGUGGUCUGUUCUCUCGCGACAAUGUGACGCUAGACGAAAUCCGUAAGAUUGAUCGUAUCGGUCAAGGUCAACCUGGUAGUGAAGGUUUAAUGUGUGAACUUCUUUGGUCUGAUCCCCAAGCUGAAAUGGGACGAUCACCUAGCAAGCGUGGUGUAGGUAUUCAAUUCGGUCCCGACGUUACGAAGAAUUUCUUGGAGACCAAUGAUUUAGAUAUGGUCAUCCGUAGUCAUGAAGUAAAGGAAGAAGGUUACGUGAUAGAACAUGACGGUCAAUGUGUCACUGUCUUCUCAGCACCUAAUUAUUGCGACACAGUGGGUAAUAAGGGUGCAUUAAUCAAUAUUACACCUGAUUUGAAGAAGGAUUACGUUACUUUCUCUGCAGUGCCGCAUCCUUCAGUCAAACCAAUGCAAUAUGCCAGCCAGUUUAGCGGUUUAUUAGGCAUGUGA